CAGUGGCCAUAGAACAGACAAUAAUCAUGAACUGGUUCCAUUUGUUCACAGCUCUGCUCCUUCUGAACUUGGGGAUCUAUGGAUCUGCUGAUGAAGAAGACAAUGAGCCAAUCUGUGGGAAACCUGUGGUUGCGCGCAGCCGCAUUCUCGGAGGGCGGGAUACAAUGAAGGGGAAGAAUCCUUGGCAAGUGAUUGUGUGGCUUCCUGGUAAACGCCAUUGUGGUGGAACCCUCAUCAGCAGCAACUUUGUUGUGACUGUAGCUCAUUGUUUGGAAAGUUCAAAUCCCACCUCUGUUAUUGUCAUCCUCGGGGCCUACAAAAUAACUGGAAACAACAAAGAGGAAGUUCCUGUUUCACUGAAAAGGAUCAUUGUACAUCCUAAGUACAACAGAACAGAUUUAACAGCUGACAUUGCCCUUCUUGAGCUUGCCCGGGAUGUGCCCUUCACAAAUGUCAUUCUUCCAGCCUGUCUGCCUACACCUUCCAAUGAAUUUCUGCCUGGCUAUAGUUGUAUAGCGACUGGCUGGGGAGACACUCAGUUUAAUAGUACCAAGCCGAGGCCUAUCAUUCUACAAGAGGUGGAAUUGCGCUUGAUAAGUGUACAGCAUUGCAGGACAUUAUACAGCCCUGAGAAAAACGGAAUUCUCAUUACAGAUGACAUGAUAUGUGCAAUGGAUAUCCAUGGAGGAAGGGACUCUUGCACGGGUGAUGGUGGGGGACCCCUGGUUUGUUAUGAGAAUGAGAGGUGGUACUUGGUUGGAGUGACCAGUUUUGGAAUUGGUUGUGGAAAAGAUCCCGGAGUUUACACUUCAAUCCCUGCCUAUGUAGACUGGAUUCAGUCUUUCGUCACCGCAGCUUCUAGUGGUUUAGAUGAGUAGGAUCAAUGCCUGGAGCUGCAUUUGGGGCACUGAGCUGGGUGCCCCUUGUCUCUAUUCUGACUGACCCUAUGAAACCUCUUUUUCUGUAUCCUAGGUGUUACUACUUAUUUGGGGUGGUGAGCUCUGGGUAGCCAUAUACCUCCCAGACUGGAGAGAGAGGACGUUCUUCUAGAGCCUUGACACAUACUGCUUUAUUAUUAUCUCAAUAAUCCGAAAUGUUGUUUGGAUGUAACCCCACAUACUAUGCCUGAAAUGUUAUCAUUAAAUAACUCAAUAUACAAGUCUUAA